CAAGAAUUCCAUUUAUAAUGGCAGAGAAGGAAGGAGGCAUUGUCAAGAAAGGCCAUGACGAGGGAAUGAAAAUGGCUAAUGCUCUUCUCGAAGAGUUUGGUCUUCCAUCGGGACUUCUCCCUCUUGCAAAUGUGAUUGAAGUUGGUUUCGUAAGGAAUACUGGCUACAUGUGGAUUGCGCAAAAGAAGAAAGUUGAACAUAACUUUAAGAUGAUCAGCAAACUGGUCAGCUAUGACACUGAAAUUACUGGUUUUGUUGACAAGAAGCGGAUCAAGAAGCUCAAGGGAGUUAAGGCUAAGGAACUCAUAUUGUGGCCUCCAGUGAAUGAGAUUGUCGUGGAUGACCCACCCACGGGAAAAAUUCACUUCAAGAGCCUCGCUGGUGUCACAAAGACUUUUCCUGUUGAUGCAUUUGCUGCUGGUCAGUAAAAUGCACC